AUGGAACAAGAACAACAACAUAUAGAAAAUGAAGACCAAAUGGGGCGAGAACAAGGUCAAAUAGAACACGAGGGUCAUAUAGAACACGAAGGACAGAUAGAACAUGAAGAACAAAUAGGGGAAGAGCAGGUUCAUGAAGAAGAAAUCAUGGGGGAGCAGCUGGAUCAAGAACAACAUCCUCAAAUCAGCCGAAAUCAUCAGGAAAGCAUGAGCACUAUGCUGGAAUCAUUGUUCUAUUCAAAACUUAAUCUAUACGAAAGAACUUUCACUACGUCUCAUGCUGAUGUGGCUUUAAAUAUCUGCACGCCUGAUAUUACGGAUGGCUUCAUGUUCUUUGACGAGAUUCACGCAUUGGCUGGUCCAAGACUGAUUCGAGAUUGUAAAAGCUAUGUGGGGAUGCAGAGCGGAAGCUGCAGAACGACGAGGAGCUAUAAUGCUAGUAAUUAUAAGUGUAAGUUGCUUUUUUUUUGUGUUUUGGGAUUUUUAGGUAUUGAAAGUGGUGAAGAUGAAGGUUUUUGAAUAAAUCAGAUGAUAAACAGGGCUCUUUAGGUAAAAUUUUGGUUAUCAUAGCUCUAAACAUGGAAUUUAGACAUUAGAAAUUAGUAAAAGUGACUGGUUUAGAUGUCAAAAGCCUUAACAAUGAAUUUUAGGUAUAAUCCACACAGCGUUGCCUACAUUACCAAGCACAACACGAAUUGUUGAUGUUGAGAUUGCCCAAAUGGCUAUAAAACGAUGUUUGAACGAGGCACUGGCUCGUGGGGCUCAGACUAUUGUGAGUACAUAAAGACUUUCUUUAUUACUCGAAAAAUGGCAAUAACUUUCUUUACAACUUAAAAAAUGGCCGAACUUUUCUUUCCAUAUCUAAAAUAUACCUAAUUGAAUCAUUUUCAGGCGGUUCCAUCCUUCUUCCCUUGUUUUUCACCUCUGGUCAGUGCUGAAUUCUUGUUGAAAGUGAUAUCAAACUGGAUGUAUUUGACAGACCAAAAAGGGCAGGUAAGAGACAUUGUUAUGGGAAUGACUAAUAUUGUUUUAUAAAGCAUAAAAUGAAGUAAUUUUACUGAAAUUUUUUAAUUGAUAUCUUGAGUCAUAUCACAUUUAUGUUAAUUUCAAUAUGGCUAACGUCGAAAAAAGGGAUUUAUUGUUGAAAAAUUGGUGUUUGUUCGGGUUUUAAAGUACUAUAAGGGUGAUACUAUGUAUGAUGUCUUUAUAAAAUUUUAAGAGACUAUGCUUCUUUGUACGGUUAUAAAAAUGUAUAAUUUAGUUUUUGUAAAAAUUGCCGUUUUCUCCUGGAAAAUUUGUCGUUUUUCGAAAGGAUUCGAACUUUUUUGGUUUUUGACUUUUUUAAUGUGACACAACUUUGUCAUAACUAAAGAAAUUGACUUGAAAUUUUACUAUAUGGUACAAUAUAGACUUCUUAAGCAUUAACGUUAAGAACUUUCAAAAUUUUUGAAUUUCAGUUGUCCAAACUACGAGAAAUUCAAAUUUUGUGCCAUUCUCCGAUGGUUUUUCGAAUUUUCAAAGGAAUGAUCAACAAACUCUACGCCGAUUUAAUGGAAAUAGCGGCCAAACAUGGCGUAGAAAACACGACAUUAUUUGACGUAUAUGGGGUUGUAUUCAGAAGGAAAAACUACACCAGUCCAGCGAGAUUUGAUUACCCAAGACCACAUCCGUUGCUGCCUGAUAUGGAUGGGUAUUACAACUAUGAGGAGGAGUUUAUGCCGGAAAGGAGGCGAAGGAGAAGGCAUAGAGGCGAUGAGUUGGAGGUGCCACCUCCUGAGCAACAGGUAGGGGUUGGGGGAUGGGUUUUUUAGGGAGUGAUUUGUUGUUUUUUAGCGAAUGGCCGAAAUUUUAGAAGUUAUCAGGGCUUUAGUUCUUUUUGUAUUUUUGAUACUAUCCUUGUCUACUACAAUAUAAAUCAUGCUAUUCUAGGUCCGCCUCGAGCUCUCAGCCAAGCUCCAACCAUCGGUUCUAGUGCUGGACGAUAAGGACGGCCUAAAACGUCAAUAUCGUCUAACGAACAAGUCGAAGGACGGUCGAAAGCUCUACUUCCGAUGCUCAUUUUGUGAUACAUUAAUACGAAAGACCAAUAUUAGAAUCAGGGCUAAGAUUACGCUACAAGAUGGUCGCAUUAUGGGGGAACAAUUCCCCAAACAUCAUCCGGAUUGUAAGCCAAGGAACCCGGAAGAGCUGGCGGUUCAACAAAUCGACCGAAAGUCGAGGAGGGAAGUGAAAGAAGGGGUUUUACAGCCAAGGGAGGCUUAUGAAAAGGUAGGAACUUGAUGAAACGUGGGGUUUUUUUUCAAUUUUGUUACCUAAAGUAUGGUUUUUUUUGGUUUUUGUUACCUAAACUUUUUAAUUUAACGAUUUUUGUUACCCAAAAUAUUCAAAAUCUUAAUUUUUUUUCAUUUCCAGGCCAGACAACGUGCAAUGCAGUACCACCACGAACUGCGUGCUCAUUCCAUGUCGAUGCAGGACUCAUCGAUGGAAAUGGAUGGCUCGAAUCAAGGCGUGACGGAGCGUGAAAUUCAACCCAAACUCGAGCAUCUCGAAUACAAUGACCUGCCCAACUUCCCCGAUUGGCAGCGGAUACGACAACAAUACUUCCGAAUGCGAAAAGUGGGCGAGAUUCAGAAGCACAACCAGAUGCAAGUAAGGACGGAUGCGUUAAGGCAGGCAACAUUCAUUGAGAACGAUGAUGAUGAGACAAUGUUGGUGGAAGUGGACGAUCCAGACGCUGUUCAGGUGGAGGAUAUGGGCAGGUUAAUAUUGUUUUUUAGGUUUUUUUGAAUGAUAUGGCUUUUUAUUUUGAUUCUAAGUUGUUUUUAUGAUUUUAAGGCUAAAGUUUAAUCAAAAACAGAAGUUCCGGUCUAUUUUGGGCCAUUUUGAAGCAUUUUGAGCGUCUGCAGGCUGCGGGUGACAUGUUAUACGAUGAAACGUGUAUAAGAAAAGUUUAUUAAUUUUUAAUAUCUAGAAGUAUUGAGGGCUGAAAGUUGUUACUUAUGGUCAAUUAUAGGGGUAAUUUGAAACUAUUUUGGUGUCCUGCAGACUGCGGAAGACAUAUUAUACGAUGAAACAUGUUUUUAAAAAAUUUUUGUUUUCGUAUUAUAACUUUAUAUUUUCAGUUGAUGUAGGGCUGCCAGAACCACGACGAGGCCCUCGAAUCCUCGUACAUCACCGCGAGCAACCCCAACUCCAAGAAGAGGUACCUCACGAAGUGGUGGAGGAGGUUCAAGAAGCCGCAUGA